AUGAAUUAAUUAUAAAUAUGUAUCAUUAACAAAAAAUUAGUCUAUCCUCAAGCUAAUUAAGAAGAAUUCUAAAAUUAAGAUAAAAACAAAAAUGUCAAAUAUCCAAGAGAGGAAAUAGAGGAGCUAGAAGAUGAACCAGAAUUUGAUGGGAAAUAUUAAAAGUGUUUAUUUAAAUGUGGAGAAUGCUUGAAGUGUUUUGGAACAUAUUGUCCAUAUAACAUUAUUGUAGGAAAAACAUUUCGUUAAAUACAGCAAGGAUUUGCUGGGGUACUUUUACGUUUUGGGAAAUAUUAUAAAACAACUUCUGCUGGAAUACUUCAGUUGAAUCCUUGUACUGAUACUUUAUUCAUUGUUGAUUGUAGAACGUAACUGUUAAAUUACGAAAAUUAAUCAGUAAUAACAAAAGACAACAUUUAAAUUGAAGUCAGUGUUUCUUUAUAUAUGAGGGUUAUAGAGCCAAAAAGAAUGAUUUUCAAUAUAUAUGGUUUUUUUGAAUAAGCAAUUUUUGGAUUAACCUAAACGUCUAUUAGAAGUGUAAUUGGAGCUUUUACAUUUUAAGACUUGCUUUCAGAAAGAAAUGAAAUCUAGAUCUUGAUAAAAGAGUUUGUGGAAACACACUCAACAGAUUGGGGUAUAGAAAUAGAAGCAAUCAUGAUAAAUAAUAUUUAAAUGGAUUAACAGACAUAGAAUACGUUGGCAUAAGUAGCCACAGAAACAAGAGCAGCUUAGGUCAAAAUUCUCAUGGCAUAAUCGAAUGUGUAAUCAGCAAAAAUGAUGAAGGAAGCUGCUGAAAUGUUAAAUAGUAGGGCUGCAAUGCAAAUUAGAUAUUUGGAAAUCGUAGGAAAUGUAGGAAAUGAGGCUUAAACAAAAGUAGUGAUUAUGUGA